GGGUGUCAGGACCCUACAGAGAAGGAACGCGGAUUCUGAUGGGAAGAUUGGGGAAGACAGGAGGGACCUUGCUGGCUGCGAAGCAUGAAGACGAUUUAAGGAGUCUGGUCUACUUGUCAAUUGACCAAUUAAAGUUAAAGAUUAAACCACUGACCCAGUAAAAUCUUCCCACCGGGGAGCUUACAGGCUAACGGUUUUGAGGUAAUCAUUUACCACAUGGGGAUUUAAGGCACUGGAGAAAAUGCUGAAAAACUUGGAGGCAUUUUUUGGAAAGAAAUGAGGACCCUGCACUCUCUCAGGAGGUGAACACCAGUCCUGGGAGAAGACAACCAAAAUGUCUACCAGAGCAGAAGCUGAGGCAAUGGGACAUAUUUCCAGUGAUGGCAAUUUCAAUAUGGCUCAAGCGCAAACCUCCAGGAAAGGCUUUUGUUCAGUCCGACACGGGCUGGCCCUCAUCGUGCAUCUCUGCAAUUUUUCGAUUUUCACCCAACAAAUGAACCUGAGCAUAGCCAUCCCAGCUAUGGUGAACAACACAGCCCUGGCUGGCCCAUCCAACACCUCCACAGAGAGGCCUCCCACCGCCCCCCAGGACAGCUGGAGUGAAACUCUAAAAGAAUUUAAGCCAAUGGCCCCUACGUAUGACUGGAGUCCUGACAUGCAGGGGAUCAUUCUCAGCUCUCUCAACUAUGGCUCCUUCUUGGCUCCAAUCCCUAUUGGCUACAUGUCUGGAAUAUAUGGAGCGAAGUACUUGGUUGGUGUUGGUCUGUUUCUUUCCUCGGUCUUGACCUUCUUCAUCCCACUGGCAGCUGAUGCUGGAGUGGCCUUCCUCGUUGUCAUUCGGAUAGUUCAAGGCAUAACCCAGGGUAUGGUAUUAACAAGUCAGUAUACAAUUUGGGUCAAGUGGGCUCCCCCACUGGAAAAGAGUCAGCUCAUCAACAUUGCCAUAUCAGGGCAACUGCUGGGAUCCUUCAUCAUUUUCCUCAUCGGUGGUUUCCUGUGCCAGACCAUAGGGUGGCCUUAUAUCUUCUAUAUCUUUGGUGGAAUUGGCUGUGCCUGUUCUUUUCUCUGGUUUCCUCUUUUUUAUGACGACCCCAUAAAUCAUCCGUUUAUCAGCACUGGUGAGAAGGAAUACAUCAUGCGUUCACUGGCUCAGCAGGACUCUUCACCAGCCUGGUCUCUGCCCAUUAAGGCUAUGGUCAGAUCCCUACCACUUUGGGCCAUUUUAAUCUUUCAUUUCACUGAAUUCUGGAGUUUUUAUAUUUUUAUGGACUACACACCAACAUACUUCAGCACCAUACUUCAAGCUAACCUCAGAGACAGUGGGAUCCUCACAUCCCUGCUGGUGGUGGCUGCCUUUAUCUGCACUAUCUUCGGAGGUCUAUUGGCAGAUUUCCUUCUCUCCAGAAAACUCCUCCGACUCAUGAGCAUCAGGAAACUGUUCACCGCCAUAGGGGUUCUCGUCCCAUCUGUAGCCCUCGUGUCCCUGCACUGGACCAGAUCCAGCCUGAGCGCCACCAUGGCCUUGUUGGCACUGUCUUUCACCACCACCACUUUCUGCCAAGUAGGCGCUUUUGUUAACUUCUUGGACAUCGCUCCUCGGUACACUGGCUUUCUCAGAGGACUAUCACAAGUCUUUGCUCACGCAUCGGGAGCCAUUUCUUCCACUCUUGCUGGAUUUAUAAUGAAUCAGGAUUCCGAGUUUGGCUGGAGAAAUGUCUUCUUGAUUUCAGCUUCUGUGAACGUAUCAGGCCUGGUCUUCUACCUGAUCUUCGGGCAAGCAGAGGUCCAAGACUGGGCCACAGAGCAGACACUCACUCAUUUCUGAGCAAACCGGACGCCCGAGAUCCUAAUGCUCAGCCAUUCAUUGUUUGCCCUCGUGGGCAUUCCCUCUUAAGCACCUGCUUGACUGGUUAGCCAUUCAAUUUGAAUUGACUUUGUUUCCAGUAAUUUCUCAGAGACCUCGGCUGUGUAGGACUGAAGGUUCCACUCGUGGAUCGUUCAGGGGCGGGUAGGGAAAGGCUCGUUAUUUAACUGUGAGCUCCUGAAAGCAUUGGUGUAUCUGCAUUUCUAGCGUUCUGCACUCUUUCCUCUAUUAUCGCAACAUAAGAAAAAAUAUGUAAUUGCGGAGGUGCCUGCGUGGCUCAGUCGGUUGAACGUCCGACUUCGGCCCAGGUCAUGAUCUCACACUUCGUGAGUUCGAGCCCCACGUCGGGCUCUGUGCUGACA